AUGAGUAAACGAAAAAAACUCCACCUUAAAAAAAAUGACGAACUAGAAGAACAAGAAACGGAUGUGCUCAUCGUUGGUGCAGAUACAGGGGGUCUUAUCUUGUCACUAGACCUGGCACGUAAAAAUAUUCAACAUAUUGUGAUAAAUUCCUGUGAGUGGAAGAAAAAUAAAAUAAAUGAGGCAGAUAUAAGUGCACAAUAUUUACUCUAUCCCAGAACUUUGGAAAUUUUACAGGACAUGAAUAUCCUUUCAGAGGUUAUACAUAGAAGCUUAAAACUAACAGGCGUCAGUUUUUAUGCAGGAAAUAAAUUAAUAAACAAAACUGACAAAACAUUUUUUCAAAAUUUUAAUGGCAGUAUACCAUAUAUGUUAAGUAUAAGUAAAAAUGCGUUCAACAGUAUCCUGCGAAGGAAAUUAUUUUCUCUCAAUUCCAGAUCGAUUCAGGAUGCCACUAUUUUAUGGGGCAUUGGCCAAAAAUAUACCUGUCAUUGCAGAAGGAAAAAUAAAGGGCAUAAAAAUAGUGGUAUUAUGUGGUUGCAUCAGAAUUUGGGGAUAUCACCUCACGGGGGUGGACAGCAUUUCCACACAUGCGUAAGUUCGAAGUAUCAACAGAAGAGGAAACAUGAAAAGGGGAAAAGAGAAAAUGGGAAGAACUGGCAAAAUUGGAAAAAUGGACGAGAUGUGAAAAAGCUGUACACGCUUCCCUCCCUCCUCAAGAAAAGACAAGGAAAAACAAGCCAUAACUUUAAUGGGGAAACAACGGAGAAAAAAAAAAAAAAAAGAAUUACAAAGAGAAGCCAAAAGAGUUCAUCACAUAGUAGUAACACGGCAGAAGACAACAAUUCGGACUAUUUAAAAGAAGAAUCAAACAAUUCUUUCGAUACAAAUACAUCUAAAAAUACUUGGAGCCAAACAGGUUCCAAUUUUUCUACUCCCACAUAUGGGAAUCAAACUGGAAGUAGUGUCCAAGAUAGCGAUAUCCUCAAAUAUUGCUACAUGCACUCUAUCAGCAAAACACACACUAAGGAAGAAAAUAAGUCUAUGCCAACUGUGCACGUUCAUUUGCUGAGAGAUACAAAAAGAAAAAAUAACGAAAUAUGUAAGGGCACAAAAAUGGGUACAAAUGAUAACAAUGCUCAUAGUGGGAUACAAGACACUGAUGAACCCAAAGUGUACAAAAAAAUGUAUAGAAAAGGAGAAUUUUUUCUAUGGGGAAGAAACAAGAAUAAUAGUGUAAUGAAAAAUAAUAUGGAAGACCCAAACAAAUGCAUUGAAAAGAUAUAUGAUACACACCUAUGUGAAGACAAAAAAAAAGAAAAAUCUAUGCAUCACUGUUCUAUUAAAAGCAAAUUUAUAAUAGGAGUUGAUGGGAGAAAAUCCUUAGUAAGAAAAUUAGCAAACAUAAAAAUGGAAGAAAAAACAAACAACCAUAUUGAAUGCAUAUCAGUUGAUAUAUGUGCCAAAUGGAAUAUCAACAUGAGUCAUUAUCAUUUAACAUUAGUUCAAUCAGAACAUGGUUUUGUUACCUGUUUUCCCAUACUCUUUGAUAUAACAAAUAUUCAUGAACAAAAUCUUUACUGUAUUGAUCAUACAUUUGCAAAUCUCAUUAAAGCAGCUAAGGAAAAAUAUAUCUUCAAAAAGGAAGAUUCACAGACUUCUAGUUCAUCUAAAAAUAUAUUUAAUAUGAGGAUCAUGUCUCAUCCGUUUGGAGAAGCAAAAAAUGACCACGAUAAUUUAUCAUCUCUAACAAGAGAGAGGAAUAGUACUGCCCAUCAACAAAUGGACAAUCAUUUCUUCACAUCUCAAAAGGAGGAGGAAAAACAGAAAAAAAAUACUAAUACAACACAUGGAGAAUUUUCCAGCAAUUUGGAAUCACAUUCUGGGUUCCUCGAAAAAGGCAUACAGAAAAGGGAGUCCCAAAGAGGUCCCAUGACUGACGAACAAAAUGAACCCAGAACAACUGCACAUGUAGAAAAAUCAGAUGACACGAUUAAACAAAACCAGAGAGAGGAAAGAAAAGACGUGCAAAAUUCAAUACAAUACUCAAGUGAGCCAUGCAUUUGUGAAGAUAUACCAAAGUUAAAUACAUCUAAUGGGGAAAAGAUGGAUGAGGCAGUUAGGAAGAAAAUCGAUUCUGAUGAAGAAUCCAUUGGUAGCACACAAGGAUGUAUACCCAAGAAGGAAUGGAAAAAUAAUCAUGACGAACUUGGGUUGAAGCACCAAUUGAUAAAGACCAUUUCAAACGGAAUGACUCAAAAUUCAGUUACAUCAAAAGAAUACUACAUCGAAAAGAAUCCCACUGAAUGUUUCGAAAAUGGAACACUCGAAGGGAAUUCAGCUAGUCGCAUUCAUGUUGCUACACACUUGGUUGGAGCUAAAAGGGAGGAAGAUCAAGUCACACAUACUCUUAGGGAUUAUAGGCACCAUUCCUCAGAUGAGAUAAAAUGUAACGAGAAAAAUCCACAUGUAAAAGAUAAAUAUCACACUACUAUUUAUGACUCGAAGGAGAGUAAGACAAUGGGUAGAAAUAGUGACGAUGUCGUAUGGGUGAAGAAAAAAAAUGGAGAUGUUUUUACGAAUGGCGAAGGAAAUAAAAAUAUAAACAUGCAAGGUGAAAAAGGGACCUUUCCGCUGAACAAUUCACACGACAGGGAAAGUGAAAAAGCUUGGAAAAAUCCCCACGAUGAUGAUUCCAACUUUCUCAUAAGUGAUGAUGUACAAAGAAAGGAAAAGUACAUUGAGAAGGACUACACGAUUUACCAAUCCAAUGAUACCGACAGCAAUCACGAGGUGUACAUUUUCUCCGAUGCAGUAAGCAAUAACUCCUGCACAGACAUAAACAAUACUUCUCCAUUCAUCACACGAAAGGGAGGAUACAACUGGCACUUAACAAUAUGCAGGAAGGUAAACCAAAAAAAAAAAAAAAGUGAAUAUGCUUAUGAAAUGAAACAAACGCACAAACUUUGUUACGUAGAAGUAAUAGAACUGAUAGAAAAAAUAUUCCCCAAUAUAAAAUUAUUUUAUAUAUACAAUUUAAAAACUGCGAUACACAGAGAUAAAAUAUGUAAAAACUUUUAUCACGAUGGAGUAAUUUUAGCAGGGGAAUCAAACUGUUUUUACAAUCCCAUGUUUAAUAUAAGUAUUAAUUUAACAAUACAUGAUGUGUAUAACAUUGGAUGGAAAUUGAAGUAUUUAAUUGAUCAUACUCCUUCAUUUAUGCUUCUAGAAUCAUAUGAAAAGGAGAGACAAUAUAUAUGUAAAAAGGUUCUAUCAUGGAGCAUAGACAAAAUAAAUUUUUUCUUUUUACCAAAUAAUGACUCGAUUCAUUAUCUGGUUUCUUUCUUAAAUUGUUGUUCCAAAACAUUUAGAAAUUUUUCCCCUACCUGUAAUUUUUUGGAUAACAUUUAUAGAAAAACGUUUAUGUUGCAAAGUGAUUAUUACAAAUUAGACAUUAUAAAUAAUUCUGAUCAGCUUACAAAAAAACAUUUCAUAUGUGCAGAUCGGGCAAAAAAUUGUGUUCUAAAAUCUAUCACCUUCAGUAGAGGAAAUUAUCAGGAAAGUAAUACUACUGUAUGUCUUUAUGAUUACUUGAAAGGCCAUUUACAUACAUUAAUUCUCUGUAUAAACCUGCUCGACAUUGCCAAAUACUCUGCAUGCAAAUCGAUGCUUCCACAUGGGCAUCCAUUUAUAACUCCUUUUCAUUUAAAACGGAUUAAUAAAAUGAAGGAAUUUUCUAAUCACCAUGAUAAUCAUAUGCAUGAUGAUGAUGAUGCGAAUUCUAUUGACAAACUUAUGAAAAUUGCUAGGUUGACAUAUCAUACCAUGGACAAAGGAAAACAAGGUCCUUCUCUUAAGAUACUCUGGGUUGUAUGCAACGAUCAAAAAAUUGACUUUAACUCAAAACAUUCAAUUGUUAGUGAAGGAACAGAUAUUACAGCAAAUGGGAGUGAAAAUGCGAACAUACUUUCAGCAAUCCUUUCCUUUAUAUGUCCUUAUAUUCCUAAUAAGUUUUCCCAGAUACAAAAAACAUCCAUGAGUCAUAAUGCACUUAACGAACUACUUACCAAAAUAAAAGCAUCUAACCUUGGAAAACAAAUUAUCCUCUACGAUUUCUUAAACGAUUUUCAGAGACAAUUCAACAUUAAACUGGGUACCCCAAAUAGCUUCAUCUACUCUUGCAACACUACACCAGCUAUGUAUAUUUUUGUUAGACCCGACAUGCAUAUAACACACAUGAAUUAUGUUAGUGAUGAGAGUAAAAUUACGGCAUUCUUCGAUUAUCUAUACAAAUUUUAUGCCUAA